CAGGCGAACCCAGAGCUGCUGCGUCAUCGCCAGUGGCCGGUUUGAAUGAGACUCGUCGCAUCCGUGCUGCCCCCACUACUACCGCCGUCGCCGCGCGUUCGCUUCCUCUGCCGCCACAAGUUCCUUCUGGUCCCUUCCUCGUCUUUGCCAGGCCUAGCCUCCUGCACCGCCGCCUCCCCUCGAGCCCCGCCAUGCCUCUGUACUCUGUUACGGUAAAAUGGGGAAAGGAGAAAUUUGAAGGCGUAGAAUUGAAUACUGAUGAACCUCCAAUGGUGUUCAAGGCUCAGCUUUUUGCACUGACUGGAGUGCAGCCAGCCAGACAGAAAGUUAUGGUGAAAGGAGGAACAUUGAAGGAUGAUGAUUGGGGAAACAUCAAAAUUAAAACUGGUAUGACUGUACUAAUGAUGGGGUCAGCAGAUGCUCUUCCGGAGGAACCUUCAGCUAAAACGGUCUUCGUAGAGGACAUGACCGAAGAACAGUUAGCAUCUGCUAUGGAAUUACCAUGUGGAUUGACAAACCUUGGUAACACUUGUUACAUGAAUGCCACAGUGCAGUGUAUUCGUUCUGUGCCUGAACUCAAAGAUGCCCUUAAAAGAUAUGCAGGUGCCUUGAGAGCUUCUGGGGAAAUGGCUUCAGCACAGUAUAUCACUGCAGCCCUUAGAGAUUUGUUUGAUUCCAUGGAUAAAACUUCUUCUAGUAUUCCACCUAUUAUUCUACUGCAAUUUUUGCAUAUGGCUUUCCCACAGUUUGCAGAAAAGGGUGAACAAGGACAAUAUCUUCAACAGGAUGCUAAUGAAUGUUGGAUACAAAUGAUGCGAGUAUUACAACAGAAAUUAGAAGCCAUAGAGGAUGAUUCUGUUAAAGAGACAGAUUCUUCAUCUGCAUCAGCGGUGCCACCUUCUAAAAAGAAAAGCUUAAUUGACCAGUUCUUCGGUCUUGAGUUUGAAACUACCAUGAAAUGUACAGAAUCUGAAGAAGAAGAGGUCACCAAAGGAAAGGAAAACCAGCUUCAGCUUAGCUGUUUUAUUAAUCAGGAAGUCAAAUAUCUUUUUACAGGACUGAAAUUGCGACUUCAGGAAGAAAUUACCAAACAGUCUCCAACGUUGCAGAGAAAUGCUUUGUACAUCAAAUCUUCGAAGAUCAGCCGACUACCUGCUUACCUAACUAUUCAGAUGGUUAGAUUUUUUUAUAAAGAGAAGGAAUCUGUGAAUGCCAAAGUUCUUAAGGAUGUUAAAUUUCCUCUCAUGUUGGAUGUUUAUGAACUCUGUACUCCAGAACUGCAAGAGAAAAUGAUCUCUUUUCGAUCAAAAUUCAAGGAUCUAGAAGAUAAAAAAGUGAAUCAGCAGCCAAAUGUAUGUGACAAGAAGGGCAGUCCUCAGAAAGAAGUUAAAUAUGAACCCUUUUCAUUUGCUGAUGAUAUUGGCUCCAAUAAUUGUGGAUAUUAUGACUUACAAGCAGUGCUGACGCAUCAGGGAAGGUCCAGUUCAUCGGGUCAUUAUGUAUCAUGGGUGAAAAGAAAACAAGAUGAAUGGAUCAAGUUUGAUGAUGACAAGGUCAGCAUCGUAACACCAGAAGACAUCCUGCGGCUGUCUGGUGGUGGAGACUGGCACAUUGCUUAUGUUCUACUCUAUGGGCCUCGUAGAGUUGAAGUGAUGGAAGAUGAAAGUGAACAAUAAUCCUCAAUUUAGCUAUUUAUGCUUAGAAGUGAGAUAAUGUUGUUUGUUGAUCAUUUCUAUAAUCCAGAGCUUUAAAGGAAGUGUUUUAGGUGGUUUCGUUUUCCUCAUUUGGAACAAGAGAGCAGAAUCAGACCACUUGUGCAUCAAUCUGAAAAUUAUAGAAAAUUGACUUUGGAUAUGCUGCCCUGUAUAAAAGUGGCUGGAAGACAUUCUUUAAACUUCUUACAGUAAUUCUUUAAAAAAAAAUUUUAGUUGAAAUGUAUUUCAACCAUUACAUUCUGUGAUCAUUUUUAUCCUUUUUCAGCCCAAGACUCAGUAGUGAUGUUUAUUGCACUUAUUACCUACUACUAUUUGUUCUUGCAUGGUUCACUUUACCAUUCAGUAAGUAGCUGCCCAUCAUUUGCCUUAUCUAACAAAAAAUUUUCCAGGAUGAUGGAAAAGGAAGUGUUGCUUUCAUUGUGUAACUCAGUGCUGGUCCAUGUCCCAUGGAAACAUGGGUGCAAUCAAGUAUUUGUCCAGCCUGAUUGUUUCUGGCUUUUCAUGACUUAAAAUAAAUUGUGAUCAAUAAGAUUAUA